UAGAAAUGUAUUUUUAGUACAGUUUUUUCGAACUGUUGACUACUUGAAUUCACAUUGCAAUUUUCGAAAUAGUUACAUCAAUUUGUAAAUGAGCAUACAUGUACUUCUAUGCUUAAGCAUCAUGGAUUCUAUAUAAUUAGAAGAAAACGUAUUGAUUCAUUUGAAGGCAGUUUAUGUUACUUAUUUUAAAAAAAUACUGUUAGCGGACAUAUUUACAUAAACCCUUGGUUUAAUAAAUGCAGCUCCGUCGUUUCGCUAGUCAAAUUGGUGAUGAACGGGAAUUCGAUCUUAGAUUGAUGCGUCUAGGUCGAUUUGAGCCUUGGGGGAUUCGAUUUUUUAAGAAUCAUGAACGUUUAUGGAUUUCUGAAUUGCAUCCUUGGUCUCCAGCAUACGGUUGGCUUGUGAUUGGAGACGAAGUUUUAGAAAUUGAAGGUCACUUAGGCAGUCAACUCACAGAAGCAGAAGCACACUCACUUGCUGAACUAAAAAGUAAUUAUCUCCGGUUAGGAAUUAGUCGCCAACCAAUGUUUAGCAAUCAGUAUAUGGGUACCAGACCAGCCUCUAGGAAUCUUUCGAGAGCUGCUAGCACAACAGUCUAUGGUCAAGCCGGACCGUAUUCACGAAUUAACACACAAGCACCACAACAGAGACCGGUUAACGCUAGGGAUACUGAUGACGCUGAACCAGAUGAAGUUGACUACAGCUUUAUGAAUCUUCCAGUUCGAGAAAGAAGAAAACUAUUUCUUGGAGGAGGUGUAGCACCAACUGUUCAAAGAGGAUAUUCACAUUCACUGACAAUGCCGAGGAAAAGGAGUGACGGGCACAGCUAUCAAAAUCGUUUCGAAACACAGUCAGAAUACGGUGGGACAGAUCAUAGCUAUGCAUGGGAUAUUCCUGUUACACCUUCUUGGAUUCAACAGAGUCGUAGUGCUAACAUCACUUAUGAACCGACAAAGUCAAGGUCAACCAAAACAUUCAGUCUAUCAAUGACACCUGGGGAGAAGUCAUUUCAACAACAAGUCACUCAGUAUGCUGCCCGUCCACCUUCACCACAUUACAACCAGAAUUCGUCACCAUCUUCGAACUAUUUCAACGCUGUUCAGCCUAAAUCAAACUAUGGAUAUAAUUACCCUCAGUAUUCUGCUACGAUACAAGUUCAAGAUCCAUAUCCCUCUACGGGGAAUAAUCCAGCUGGACGAGUAUAUAAUGGGAAUGCAACACGUAUUUAUCCAGCUAGACAGUAUAGCUCAGGUGCAUCGUCUGCCAGAGCAAUCACACCGUCUACAAUUUAUCAAUCAUACAGUCAACAUAAUUCUCUGUCACGUGGUUCUGGUAGAGUUGUUCAACCUUUACGCGUAAAUGUAUACAACAGUGAUAAUGCAUCCACAGUAUUCAGCCCACACAGAAAGACAGAAAAUUCAUGUGACUGGAAUCCCAGCUCACCCAUUUACCCAGCUUAUCCAGCUCAUAUGGAUAAAUCGAAUCACACUGAUGUUCAGCCUUUACGCUAUAGACGAGAACAGUCUGUUCGACCAGUAACAAUCUACUCUACAAACAAUCCAACAACCAAAACUACAACUGAAACUAGACAAGUAUGGAAACCUAUACCAGCUCAGAAUUGGUCAGAUACAAGUAGGAUUAUGCGAAGUGGUACGUUUAUUACAACAACAAAGAAAAUACCUGGUGGAAGACGUCCAGAUGUCAACGGUGAACCGUCAGGGGUAUCAGAGUUCUAAGUGGUGAAUGCUUAUUUUGAUUUAGAAAGAAAAAAGACAUUGAUUUAGUUAUCAAGCAUCAAACAUGACAUGGAGAGCAUACUUUCUGUUACUUGCAGUGCAUGAAUGAAGUAAAAAAGCGAAGAGUAAACCAUUUUUCUUCACAGCAAAUUCUCAUACUUUAAUGACACUUAAUUUUUAAAGAUUGCAACAGAUCACAAUUUACUCUCAUUGCUUAAGAUGUCAAUUGAUCAGGGGAGGUGGUUCCCAGUAACUGUUUCGUUAUAGUUUCGUUUAAAGCAAUCACACAAAGAGAAUGGUAUCGGAUUGAUGAGGUGAAAUUGAAUUCCCUACUGUUUUUCUCCUGAGUAGUAUAUUUCUCUUCUCCUUUUUAAGCUUUCUGUUUUAGUUGGAAUACUUGAAAAGUGAAGAACAAAUAUUAUAAUUCUUUUGCUUAUCUCUUGUAACCCGCCUCUGUUUAAUAUAAUUUCAACUU